AGUGCAGAUUGGAAAACUGAUGAUUUGUCUGAUCACUGUAGUUAACUAAUCUCUACCAGUUUCUUUAACAAACAGAAGUUCAGUGAACAGCUUUGAAAUCAACGACUCUUAUUAACACAGAGAGAGAAGGCGAGGGAGAGAGAAAGCGAGAGAGACAGCGAGAGAGAAAGAGAGAGCGAGAGGGAGGGAGAGAGAUUUAAACGUCUCCGAUGGCGGUGAUCGAGAACGGCGCGGCACACGAGUACAAGCCACAGAAGAAGAAGAAAGAAGAGACCGCUGAAGAUAAAAGGAAAAAGAAGAUUGUGCCUGGUAGCUUGAUGAAAGCUUUGAUUAGGCCUGGUUCUGGUGAUGCUACGCCUACCGAUGGCAAUCAGGUUAUAUAUCAUUGUACGAUCCGGACACUAGAUGGAGUUAUUGUUGAGUCUACAAGAUCGGAAUUUGGAGGCAAGGGUAUUCCAACGAGGCAUGUGUUGGGUAAAAGCAAAAUGAUACUGGGAUUGCUCGAAGGUCUUACGACAAUGAAGAAGGGUGAAGUUGCUAUGUUUAAGAUGAAACCAGAACUGCACUAUGGUGAGGAUGAUUGUCCUGUUUCAGUUUCCGAUACUUUCCCAAAGGAAGCUGAACUCCAUUUUGAGACCGAGAUGGUUGACUUCUCUAAAGUCAAGGUCAUUGGUGAAGAUUUGGGAGUCGUCAAGAAGGUUAUUAAUGAAGGAGAAGGUUGGGAACUACCCAGGGAACCUUAUGAAGUAAAAGCUUGGAUAUCUGCAAAAACAGGAGAUGGAAAGUUAAUACUAUCACAUACUGACGGAGAACCGUUUUUCUUCACUCUUGGAAAAUCUGAGGUACCUAAAGGUUUGGAAAUGGGAAUAGGAACAAUGUCACGCGGAGAAAAGGCCGUGAUUUAUGUGAAAAGCCAAUACCUAAAUCAGUGCCCAUUCAUGCCCACAGUAGAAGGUAUAGAGGAAGUUCAUUUUGAAGUGGAGCUUGUACACUUUGUUCAGGUCCGGGAUGUGCUUGGAGAUGGGCGUCUAAUAAAACGUCGAAUACGUGAUGGAAAAGGUGAAUUUCCCAUGGAUUGUCCUCUUCAUGAUAGUCUUCUACGUGUGCAUUACAAGGGCAUGCUCCUUGAUGAAGAUAGAACAGUAUUCUAUGACACAAAAGUUGAUAACGCUGGUCAACCACUAGAAUUCAGCUCAGGAGAAGGGCUUGUACCAGAAGGGUUUGAGAUGUGUGUUCGUCUGAUGUUGCCUAAAGAGAUAGCCCUUGUUACAUGCCCACCUGAUUAUGCAUAUGAGAAGUUCCCAAGGCCACCAAAUGUUCCGGAAGGUGCUCAUGUCCAAUGGGAGAUCGAGCUUCUUGGCUUUGAGACGCCAAAGGACUGGACGGGAAUGAACUUUAGAAGUAUAAUGGAUGACGUUGACAAGACCAAAGGAACAGGUAACAGGCUUUUUAAAGAGGGGAAGUUCGAACUUGCGAAGGCCAAGUAUGAGAAGUUGCUUCGUGAAUUUAAUCAUGUAAAUCCUCAAGAUGACGAGGAGGGAAAAGAGUUUCUAAAUACAAGAAAUCUGUUGCAUCUAAAUGUGGCUGCCUGCUAUCUGAAAAUGGGAAUGUGCAAAAACUCCAUCGAGGCAUGUAAUAAGGUUUUAGAUGCAUCUCCGUUACAUGCGAAAGCUCUUUAUCGCCGUGGACUAGCCUACAUGGAGUCCGGAGAUUAUGAGGAGGCUAGGGGUGACUUUAACAAGAUGAUGAGCAUUGACAAGUCAUCUGAGCAAAAUGCAAGGGCAGCUCUACUCAAAUUAAAGCAGAAAGAGCAGGAAGUCAAAAUGAAGGCGCGGAAGCAAUUUAAAGGACUUUUUGACAAGAAGCCUGGAGAGAUUGCUGAAGCUGGAAAUGUUGAUAGAGCAGAUCAAAAUGCUGCCGAGAUUCCUGGAAAAGACAAUCAGGAUAAUACAGACAUCAGUAAAGAAGAUGAUAUAGUGGAAGAUGCUCCCGAAGCAGCCCCGCCUGCACCUGGCAUGGGUUUAUUGUCUCGUUUGUGGUCCACUCGUAAGAAUCUUUUCAUAUCUUCUGGUAUACAAAUGCUAGUGAUGCUCGCUACUGUAUACUUAAUAAAGUGGCUGUUGUAGAUUUCAUGAUCAGAUCUGGCUGGAUGAAGUAAUUUAAGUUAUAGGGAUAUCAGUUGGUCUGUAGAUGAUAAUUAUCCCGUGGCACCUCUCUUAAUAUUAAACACCACAGGGAUUAGACUUUCCAGUGUAGAUCUACUGUGUCACACAUACCUAAUAUUAUAAAGAAACAUAUGCUCUCAGGGGUAUAUGCAUUAAUGCUCUGAUAUAUUGAAGCACAAGUAUUUCAUUCUAA